AUGCCAUACUGUCCGCUGGUAGUAAAAUCGUUCAAUGCGCACAUCAAUGUCGAAUAUUGCCAUUCAGUUCGCUCCAUCAAGUAUGUAUGCAAGUACAUCAACAAAGGGACUGAUGCUGCAAUGUUUGGUAUUAGGCAGGAAGGUUCCGUAGACGAAAUCCAGGACUUCCUUGCAGGGCGCGUCAUUAGCAGCACAGCGAACCCUUGGCACAUAUUCAGCUUCCCCAUCCACGAACGCUUCCCAGCAAUCGUCCAGCUUGCUGUGCACCUAGAAAACGACGAACUUCGUUAUUUUUCUGCGGAUGUAGCAAUGAAUGUGGCUGCGCGUACCAAAGACACAACGCUUACAGCGUUCUUUAAACUUUGUCGACAGGACGAGUUUGCUAGGACUCUACUGUACCCAGACGUGCCUUCAUACUAUGUGUGGACAAAAAAGAACACCUGGGCUCGGCGGAAAGGCAGGGCCAACGUCGAGGGCUAUCCAGGCGUCAAAAAGACGCUACACUCGGAAGGAUAUUCACGGUUCCCCAUCGCGACUGGAAUGUUUUUUUACUUGCGACUCCUUUUGCACGAAGUUAGUGGUCCAACGAGCUACAAUAACUUACGGACGGUAAAUGGAGUUUUAUAUGACACUUUUCGUGAGGCCUGCCUCCGUCUCGGCCUUUUGGGAGACGACAGCCAGUGGGAUGCCACAAUGGCUGAGGGAGCUCUUUUAAAAAUGCCCUUUGCUUUGCGACACCUCUUCACCACAAUCUUACAAAUGUGCGAACCCAGUGAUCCUAAAUCACUUUGGGACAAAUACAAGGACUUUUUGUCCGAAGACAUACUCAGGGAAGCGCAACUGCUGUGUCCAACAAUGGCUCUUACAUUCAACGAUGGAAUUUACAACAGGGCACUUAUAAUCAUUGAGAACCUGUUCGUUGAAAUGAUGGGGGGAUCUCUUGCCGCUAUUGGGCUUCCAACCCCAGAUCGUGUGACUUCCUCCAGUCUCUCACCUGAGAUUGUGCGGGAGACAUCCUACUCUGUUGAGGAGCUCAACGCCUAUGUCACAAAAAAUGAGCCAAAACUUACGAUGCGACAAUUGCACCUUACCACCAACAUGCGUGCACACCUAACUGGCGAUGUUGGGUCCGCCGAAUUUUCGAAUACAUUAUUAGCCCUUGGCGAAGGUAUUAUUCCAGCGGACACUAAUGGAUUUGUAAACGUCCAAGGGUUGUCUACAGUGUUCACAACGCCAGCAACACUCAUGGAAUCAGUUUUUCCUGAUCUUCAAACCAACUACAACAAUAUUGAGUGGCUUGCUGGGCGGGCCAUUCUUGCCACCCCCAAAACACCACUGUGA